CCCUGCCCAAUAAAAGGCGGAAGCGAUAACAGGCCUCCAGUGUGAGACCGUGUCAUCCUUCAAUCCUCAGACCAGGGGACUGUCCCGCAGAGCAGAGGCAUGGCGAGCCAAUCCUACCGCAUCAGCUCUGGCUGCAGGAUCAAGAACUUUAGCUCCCGCUCUGCCAUUGUGUCCAAGCCUGGGGAUCACAGCUGUGUCAGUGCCACGGCCCAUCAUGGGGGCAGUCCUGGGGGGCUAGGCUACAGGCGCCUGGGAGGCUUUGGUAGUCAGAUCCUGUGUGCGGUGUGGUCUCCCCGGAUCGCGGUGAGUUGUAGAUGGCCCUACACAGCAGAGUCAUUUGGCUACCUGGCAGGGGACCUUUGUAAGCUCAGCCAGCCCCACAUCACAUCUGUCACCAUCAACGAGAGCCUCCUCAUACCCUUCAACCUAGAGAUCGACCCCAGUGCCCAGUGUGUGAAGCACGAGGAGAAGGAGCAGAUCAAGUGUCUCAACAACAAGUUUGCUGCCUUCAUUGACAAGGUGUGCUUCCUGGAGCAGCAGAACAAAUUGCUGGAGACCAAGCUGCUGUUCUACUAGAACUGCGAGUGCUGCGAGAGCAACCUGGAGCCCCUGUUCCACGGCUACAUUGCGACUCUGCAGCGGGAGGCCGAGUGCGUGGAGGCUGACAGCGGCAGGCUGGCCUCAGAGCUCAACUGCAUGCAGGAGGCUCUGGAGGGCUGCAAGAAGAAGUAUGAAGAAGAGCUGGUCCUCAGGGCCACAGCUGAGAACAAGUUCAUGAUGCUGAAGAAGGAGGUAGACUGCGCCUGUCUGCACAAGGCGGACCUGGAGGCCAACGUGGAGCCGCUGAGGGAGGAGCCAGUCUUCCUGCAGUCCCUCUACGAGGAGGAAAUCCACCUCCUUCAAUCACAAAUCUCUGACACGUCUGUGGUGGUGAAGAUGGACAAUAGCCGGGAGCUCAGCAUGGACUUGGCUGUGGCCGAGAUCAAGGCUCAGUACGAUGAUAUUGCCAGUCGCAGCCGGGCGGAGGCCGAGACCUGGUACCAAACCAAGUGCGAGGAGGUGAAGGCCACAGUCACCCAGCAGGAUGAGAACCUCUGCAGAACCAAGGAUGAGCUCAACGAGCUGAACCGCAUGAUCCAGAGGCUGACAGCAGAGGUGGAGAACACCAAGCAGCAGCACUGCAAGCUGGAGGCCACGGUGGCCCAGUCUGAGCAGCAGGGUGAGGCAGCCCUCAGCAAUGCCUGCUGCAAGCUGGCUGAGCUGGAGGGCACCCUGCAGAAGGCCAAGCAGGACAUGGCCUGCCUGCUCAAGGAGUACCAGGAGGUGAUGAACUCCAAGCUGGGCCUGGACAUGGAGAUCGCCACUUAUCGCAAACUGCUGGAGGGCGAGGGGAUUCUGUGAGGACAGGGACUCCAGGGUCCCUUCACGUCCCUACUCAGA